CAUUUUGUAGAUAGUAGCUGGUGGUAGGAAAGUUUGUUUCCCCUUUGAAUUCGUUGGCUUGGGUAACACAAGUGAGAUGCAUUGCCAGGGCUCUUCCCAACCUGAUUGGGCCGUCCACCUAAGCCCUGCGAGACGGUUGAAGCUUGCCGCCUCCGGACUUAACCCCGAGCUCGUCAGCUGAGAUCUCGAUCACUUUUAUCCCCGUCGUGCUUCAUCCCCAACUGAAAAGGCUUCGAUUCUGGUGCCAAGAGUUCAGUUCAACGCCCUAAUAACCGCUCUAACCUUCGGCAUUUCGGGCUGUCAAAGACAAUGGAUACCACUUCAGUGAACGCUACAUUGGGGGCUGACAUCAACAGAAGUGACGAAACCCGGGGGGGUGAUCUGCUUAGCAAGACAGAGGCAUCGAGAACAGACAAGAAGAAACGAUUUCACAACAAGAGCAAGAAUGGUUGCAGAACUUGCAAGAUUCGAAGAGUUAAGUGUGACGAAGCCCGGCCCAGCUGUCAGCGAUGCGUUAAGUUUGGCCUCGGUUGUGAUGGAUACGACGAAGACUUACCGCGAAGGACGAAGUAUUCCCACGGGCAAGUGUUCGCGAAUCGACAAGCAAUUGUUCCUCAAACACAACACGCCUCUACUUCCGUGUGCCGUUCACCGCAACGGCCCAUGUUCAAGAACGACCAGGAAGACAGAUACUUCAAACUCUUCUCCACUCAAACUGCCAGAAAACUGACAGGGCUAUUUGACUCAAACGUAUGGGAUUGUCUAGUCCUACAGGUCUGUGAGCGCAACUCCUCGGUUCGGCACGCAGUUAUUGCGCUUGGAGCUUUGGAUCCCUGUACGUGGAGAAGCUCUAACCCUACGAAGUCUUGGGAGGAGAGCUUGCGACGCAAGUUUGCAUAUCACGAGUACAGCUUGGCCAUUAUCGAAAUGAAGAAGUCGAUAUCCCAGAUGACACUCGGCUUGAGAACAAGGCUCGUUGCCUGCCUCGUUUUCAUCGCCUUCGAAAUAUACCACCAUAAUCAAAAGAGUGCAGUUGGCCAGAUCGAAACAAUGAGCGCCCUCAUUGAAGAGCAAAUCAACGAGCAAAACAUAUACACCCAUAGUAUUACCGCUAUUGAUGACGAACUUCUGGAAUCUUUCCGCGAACUGGAGGUACAAAAUCUUGUUAAUAAUAUCUAUGGAAGGGCCUUGACCGCAAGAGAGCUUCUUGUGAGUCGCCAAACAAUCCGAGAAAAGAUCCCACAAGAAUUCGCUAGCUUACGCCAUGCUCGCUCUGUAUUUCACGUCUUAGCCAUGCGUCAACUUCAUUGGCAAAACACCUGCAAGCACGAAUGGCCAUGGUAUGCAACCCCACAAACCACUUGUCUUUUUAUGCAUCAAAACGAUCCGCCGCCCAACGAAUACACCUCGGCGGAAGAGUGGUGUGCAGAACGAGAAAGAAGAUUCGAGGAGUACGCUGCUUGGUCAAACGCUUUCCAGCCUCUACUAGUCCAUGUUCGAGCUUCAAACAACCCUCACGAGUUGAGACGCGCCAAUAUCUUAAGGGUUACCUACAUGAGCACAUAUCUAGCUCUGAUGACUCGCAUGUUGAGUCCAUGGGAAUCCUGGUACGGCCAAACGGCUAGGCUGACAGAGCUCGUCGAUUUGAUCAAGGCACUCUUAGAGGGUUGCGAUGACACCGGCUUUUCUGUGGAGAUGAACUUCCUUGUUCCUCUCCUGGUCGUUGCCAAAAUGUUCCGACAUCGGGCUCUAAGGCAAGAGGCAAUUCGACUGAUGUUUGCCUACCCCAGACGAGAGGGAUUGUGGGAUGGCGUGCUUGUCGCGAAGUACCUGCAGUGGAUUGCUGAGAUCGAAGAAGAGAACUUAGGAGACGAAGAAGAAUACGUUCCUCAUGAUCUUGCGACGGACAUAUUUGGCGCAGAAGUCGAUUCGGUCAAGAAGACAGCGAAGUUUAUGACCUAUCAAAUGUUCAGAGAUCCGCCGGGGAAGAUGGUCAGGAGAGAAACGUUUAUAACUUGGUGAUUCAUGGUGGCAGAGCGAGAUUUGUCUGGCUCGUACCAUCUGAGUUAAAUGUCUUGGGAGAAUCGGGGUCAUCCAUUUUGAGUGGGGGGAGUGCACUUCAAUGUCCCAAAGUUCUAGUACAAUGAAAAAGCCCUCUCCUCUCG